AUGAGUUCAUGGCUUCACCGGCUGCGCGGAGAACAUGUAGAGUCUGACGAGAACCAUGCCGAUCGAUCGAGUGAGGUUGAGCGGAGCAGAGCGAAGCCGCGACAACGUCCUGUAGAGUCUAAGCCAAAGGAUCCGAAUGCACCGCUCAAACGACUGCAACUGCACCAAAAGUGUCUGUACGAACGGACCAUGCCUGGGAAUGCUUUUGUUUCCGCACAUGUGAAUCGCCUUCAGCAUGGGUACUACGAAAGCAAAGCGUUGCAUGAGGGUGCGCUCAACAACGUGUAUUUCGUUUCGGUGCACUUUGUCUUCCAUCCUCGAGACCACCAUUACCACCGCUUCCGCGCCGCAACCAUCAAAGUGUCAGUGCAUACGGACUUCAACUCGUACGAUUUCGAACCCGAGAAAGGAUCAUACAAGCCUCCGCGCUCGCACCCACGGAUAUUGAAGCAUGCGCCAGAACUCAUAUACGGAGCCGUGUCCCCAGAGAACCUCCAGUGGAACUUUAAUUUGUCAAGUUCCCUCGGCGUCUCACAAGCGCCUCUGAGUGCUACACUAAACCCCAGCGGUGGCGUCAAGAAGACAUAUCGGGUGUACGAUAUGAUGAGCAUCCAAGGAUCGUUGAGGGUUUUGAAGAGCCCAUUGGGUUCCGACUUCGACGUAGACGACGCAAUGGCGGUUUGGACGCUAGAAGAGAACCUGACGCAGCGGUCUGGAUUGCCUCGGGAGUUCGACUUCGUAAUGUUGGUGCACCAGCCGGAUGAUGUCAAUAACGUCUACCUGAGUGUUGACCUUGAUGCGACCGUUAGCUCCUGGCAUGGCGAUUACCCACAAUGGUACAGCAAUCUGUCGAGAUACAUGCCCAACGUGGAUUAUACACUCGAUUUGGAAACGGACAUUGGUCAGAAAUUUCUGCCCGAAAAGGCUGGGCGCGGCUUCAACUUCGCGGAUCUACCUCAGGCUCUCGAUCAGUAUGUAUGCAUGCCUGGAAACAUGUAUCCCACUACAGAUUCGAAGGCAGACGAGUCGAAGCCCAAGGACCACAGCUGGGACAGGUAUCGUAGAUAUGAACCCAGAGGCUCUACCAACGACUACCGCGUAUCAGCAGCCUCUCCUAUUGCUUCACCCAAGCCCAUGACUCCUGAAAGGCAAAUCACCGCCCGGGGUCAGCAGCCUGCGCCAACCCCAGCUUCCGCGCCUGCUCCACAGCGCCAGUUCGUUUUGCCGGAGACUCUCAAUGUUCGAGUGACACUGGAACACAGCAGUCCUCGUUCCCCAACUACGUACCGCUACUCCGGAUCUCCGACUAACAGCCAAGAUCCUACGAGGCAGCACUCGAUACGGAGGAGAAGAUCGCGAUCCGAACUUAAGGAGUACGGAGUCCAGCAAGCGCUCCAAGCGCUGGCAGGCGAUACGCUGAAGGAAAAUGGGGACACACCAAAACGAGGGGCAAAGACCGUGAGGGCAAGGUCUACAGAGGCUGCAACCAAUGGUCAGAUGUAA